AUGUCACCAGAAUGGACACAAAUCUUUCAGAUUAAAGCAGAAGAUCUUAAGCAAGGAGACUCUUGGGAAUUACAAUAUGAUGAAAAUAUUGAGCCUAAUAAGCCAAACAUGGACUGGAAGGAGUACAUCAGGAACACAAGUGCAAGUUUCGAAUGUUCCAUGUGUCGAAGAAAGUGGCCUUCCAACAAGGUGAAAGUGCUCUUCCACAUGUGCCUGAGAAAUGGGCAGGGCACUGUCAAAGUGAGGCCUUUACGUCAGAACUGCAAGAAGUGCACAAAUGCUCCAAUGGAGAAUCCGAAGAGUGAAUCUGAGAACAUAAACACCCUCAUGGAAAAACUGGUGGAGAAAAUAAAACAAAAGUGCUACCAUGAAAAGCUCGAGGAAAGCCACCGACCUUUCAGACUCUAUGAAGUCAAAAGUCCCCAUGAGCCUAAACACUGUGAGGGGUGCAUAAAAGGAGUGUGUACAAACAAUCUGUAGUUUUAAAUCUAUUUACUUAUAAUAUCUGAUUCAGGGGCUUUAAUUAUGCUGUUUGCCUCACAUAAUGGUAAUGUCAGUGCUCAGUCAUGACUUCAAAGCU